AUGCAUGAGCUGUUCAGGGACAGCACGCAUAUUCGAAAGCAAGUUGACCGCAUUCCGCCCAAUCAGGGAGCCGAGUCCCCUCCUAUGAUCGUUCUUGAAAUUUUGGAAACGACUGUAUGGAAAGCCCGCAUGGAACGUCCGUUCUCCAGGCAGGAGAUUGUGGCUAUCAUCAAGGGCACGCUGCUGGCUCUGCAAGACAUUCACGCGCAAGGACUGGUGUACGGUGACUUGAAGAUGGAGAAUAUUAUGCUGAACGGGUUUGACGCCGACGAGGUCUCGGAUGGGGGCGGUUUCGUUGUCAAGCUCGGAGACCUGGGCACUGUCAUGCCACCUGCGAGUGGAAUCUGCCAGCCGGUGGUGUACCGAGCGCCUGAAGUGUUUUUCAAGCAAGAGAUCACUCCCGCCGCCGACCUCUGGGCCCUGGGUCUGAUUUACACACAUCUGUUGGAGGCCCAGAGCAAUUUCGGGAAGACUGGUCUCUAUGAUGAAUUGCUAGCCAGCAGUGAUGAUGCGUCCAAGUUGGAGGAAAAGGUUCGGUCUGCUCUGGCAAACGAUUACGAUCUUCAACAUCACCCUUAUUACAAGGACGCAGCUCUUCCACAACGCGAUGACUCCCAUCCGAAAGGCAGCCAUUGGGCAGCUUUGCGGAGCAGAGGCCUCGAAGAGCUCGACGUCGCUUUCCUCCAGCAGGUCAUGAAGGCUGAUCCCACGACACGGCCGUCCGCGAGGAUGAUUUUGAGGAGCCAGUGGAUCGAAGGUGGUUUGUUGGCUCGUCAGUUCAAGCCCAUGGGAUCGGAGGAGUCCGAGGAUGUGACAUUCUUGUGUCAAGGACCAUUGACGCCAAAACCGGCAUGA